AUGGACCGCAACAACAACAAUCCCAACCCCUCGCGACCGGCACCAGCAGCCGCGCCAGCUCCCCAGGUCCGAGUGUAUCACGAGCCCAUCCCGGAGACGAUUUACGUUCAAACGGACAGUUCAAGGUUCAAGGAGUUGGUGCAGCAUCUCACUGGCCAGACUGCUGCCGCUGCAGCUGCCCACCCCGGUGCCACCGUGCCGGCGCCGGUGGCCGAGCCUGGGCCAAGCGUGGCCACGGGUUCAAUGUCAGCAAACACUGCUCUCUUCCGGUCAGCUUUCCCGGACAGGCCCAGUGGCCUGCGCAUCAUCGAAAGUGGGGCGUCCUCACUUUCCCUGGGCUUCGCUUCAACGCCCGCGCAGGAGAGGGACAUAAGGGAAGAUGCUGCUGAGGAGAAGGCCAUAAGAGAAGGGAGGUUCUAUAUGCGUCGAGCGCGGCCGUCCGGGUGGACCAGAGAGCCCCAGUUACUGAUGUUGUUCCCGCUGUCCCCCUUCCCUAGGCAUACACCAAAAGGGUGUUGA